CAAAAGUUCCUUUACUAAUCAAUCAAUAAUCUUUGGAAUCUUUAUCCUUUCUUUCAAAAUUGUUUAUCCUUUAUCCCUUUUUCAAUGAUUUUUCUCUCUGUAAAAAAAUCUAUAAUAGUAUAAACAACAUAUGUAUAUAUACCCACCAAACAUAUAUUCUCCAUCCCCAUAUUGUCACCGCCGCCCUGUUUUUUUCAGUAAUCAUCAUAUAUAUUUUCAGCUCCUUAUUAUAUCAUCAUUGGGGUCUCUCUGAUUGAUAAAUAAACCGGUGUAUAUCCUUUUUUUUUAUUAAUUAGCGAAGAAAUAUUGAGCUGGCUGAUCAGCGCAUUCAUUUGAUUUACUGAAAGUCACUCUCACAGAGAAACUAACAAGUGAUUAAUAAUAUCUGAGUAAAAAUCCCUUCUUUUUUUGUUUUUUUUUUUUUUUGGAAUUUUCGGUUUUGGUCUGAGAAGAUCCAUGGCGGCAGAGGGAGCAAGACAUGAGGAUUUACCAGUGCCAAUCUACACCACACUCGAGCCCGUCUAUGGGGGUGGGUCGCAGCUUGAAGAAGCUGAGCUCCGUUUCAGUAAUUUGAAGGCUAAAUUCUUCGAGUUCUUUGGUCACCACCCUGAAUUUUUCGCUCGAUCCCCGGGAAGAGUGAAUUUGAUUGGGGAGCACAUUGACUAUGAAGGUUACUCUGUUCUACCAAUGGCUAUUCGGCAAGAUACCAUUGUUGGAAUCAGGAUCAAUAAGUCGGAGAAGGUUCUUAGGAUUGCUAACGUUAAUGAGAAGUAUUCCAUGUGUACUUACCCUGCUGACCCUGAUCAGGAAAUUGACUUAAAGAAUCACAAAUGGGGCCAUUACUUUAUUUGCGGCUACAAAGGUUACCACGAAUAUGCCAAAUUAAAAGGAAUCAACAUUGGUCAACCCGUUGGACUUGAUGUCAUAAUUGAUGGCACUGUUCCUACCGGUUCAGGACUGUCAAGCUCUGCUGCAUUUGUUUGCUCCGCAACUAUUGCCGUAAUGGCUGCAUUUGGGGAAAACUUUCCUAAGAAAGAACUGGCUCAGCUUACCUGUGAAUGUGAGAGACACAUUGGCACUCAAUCUGGUGGAAUGGAUCAGGCUAUAUCUGUUAUGGCUAAAACUGGCUUUGCCGAGCUGAUUGAUUUCAACCCAAUUCGUGCAACUGAUGUGCAACUCCCUCCUGGUGGAACCUUUGUGAUAGGCCAUUCAUUGGCUGAAUCCCAGAAAGCUGUUACUGCUGCAACUAAUUACAAUAAUCGGGUCGUUGAAUGUCAACUAGCUGCUAUUGUGCUGGGAAUCAAGUUGGGCAUGAAACCGGAGGAUGCAAUCUCUAAUGUGAAGACUCUUUCGGAUGUUGAAGGAAAGUGCGUUGCUUUCGCAGGUAGUCAUGGGUCGUCUGAUCCUCUCGUUGCGGUUAAGGAACUUUUGAAAGAGGAACCCUAUAGCGCUGAAGAUGUCGAGAGUUUCACGGAGAAGAAAUUGGAAGUUAUCUUUGCAAACUCUCCUACUUCCUUAGAUGUGUUGAGAGCCGCCAAGCACUUCAAGUUACACCAGAGAGCUGUUCAUGUCUACUCUGAAGCCAGACGGGUUUAUGCCUUCAAAGAUACUGUAUCAUCAAAUCUCAGUGAUGAAGACAUGUUGAAGAAGCUCGGAGACCUUAUGAAUGAUAGUCACUACAGUUGUAGUGUUCUUUAUGAGUGCAGCUGUCCGGAGUUGGAGGAACUUGUUAAAGUUUGCCGAGAUAAUGGCGCUCUCGGAGCUAGGCUGACUGGAGCUGGAUGGGGUGGUUGUGCGGUUGCAUUAGUAAAAGAGAGUCUUGUUCCCCAGUUCAUACUCAAUUUGAAGGAGCAAUUUUACCAAUCCAGAAUUGACAAAGGUAUAAUCAAGAAGAAUGAUCUCGGGCUAUACAUUUUCGCAUCUAAGCCAUCAAGUGGUGCAGCCAUCUUCAAAUUUUAGUUUUGGUUCUUUCCUGCUAAGACUGAAGCUCAUUUUUAUGAUCAUUUAUUGGUGGCUUUAGAAUAAACUUAUGAUGUUUUUUGCGUUACUAAAGUAGAAGUUGUGGUGAUGGGCAAUGCAAAAAAGCUGUUCAUAUUCAUAUACAGUACUCCUUGAUUCCCAAAAUUAUGAUAAUUUCUGAGUCCAUUUCUUUCUCCCAAUUGUUUUGGCUGCUCAGUUCAUGUGUUCCAUAAAUUAUGAUUAAAAAAAGAAAAGAUCAAUUAUAUUUGCACACAUGAUCUUUCAAAAUGUGGGACAGAUAAAGGUCAUCCAAAAUCUGGCCUAGAGAUUGAGAGAUAUUGAGUAAUCUUUGUAGUACAUGUGAGUUUGCAUUGUAAUGAGACAACAACAUGCUCCCAUUUGUUGUAAUAUUGAUGUCAUUAUUAGGGAGGCCGAGUGUGUGUGUGUGUGUGUGUUAUAAUAAGGUUUCUCUUUGUGAGAUCUCUUGGAGAUAAGAUUGUGGACAUAAUACCCCCCAAGGGGUCAGGGC